AUUAAUUAAAGUGGGUUGGCGACACUGCAUCACGAAAAUGUCCCUAAACAUCGAUUGUGGUGGGUUUGCAAUGUGUUGUCAAAAUAGAAUUUAAUAAUAACAAAUAUCAGUUUUCUGAUAAUGUAUCAUAUUUAAACCAAUUAUCUUUACACGUAAAAUAAGUUCAAGCAAUUGCCUUUAUUUCCGGCAAUUUCCAGCGAGUUGUGUGCUUUUAUUCGCAAGAAAAUGACCAAUUUAGUGUCCCCCUAGACUCAAGUUUAUUUAUUUAGACAAAAUUCCGAGUCUGGUAAGUCACUUUUCCGGUUUUUCUCUCAAUUUCCAUUCCUCCCGUUCUAGUUGGUAGUAAUUUGAUCCAAAAAAAAUGGAGGUUGAAACAGUGCCUCUCCCCGAGUCCAGUCCUGAUUUCUCUCAACCGCCCCCUAAUUUCCCCAAACCAGACUUCACAGAGAUCGAGAACGACUUCCCCUCCGACAAACCCGACGCCCCCUUAUCGAAACCCACAUUCAAGAGCGCCCUUCAGGCGAAGAAACGCCUCCAAGCCUUCUCUUCAACACGCCCCAGCUCGCUCCCGGCCUCCCCCAAGAAGGAGAAAAGCGACGAAGGGAAAAAACCCCCGAAAAAGGGCCACUAUCACGAUGACAAAGCGAAAGCCGUUAUCGAAGAAAUCGAAGAAUUGAAACGUGAAGAACAGGCGUAUUUGGAGAUGCAGCGACAGGCGUCAAAAAGAUCGCGUUCGAGGACCCCAGAGAGGGGCCGCUUCAAGAAGGUGGAGAAAAAGGCGAGGAAUUACAGGCGGAGGUCCAGGUCGGCCACCCCCGAAAAACCGCCCAAAAAAGUCGCCAAAAAGGCCAAAAAAUACCCAAAAAACUGGCGAGAGUUCAACGAGUUUGAGGCAACAUUUGAGCUAAAUCGCGAUUUUGAAAUCGCAUCGCCUGGGGGAAAUAACGAGCUUUUGAGACAACUACUCUUUGAAACUCCUUCCCUACCAAUAGUUGCGUUUAAAAUGAAGACUGUGGAACGGGAAGAUAAAAUUAUACCAUUUGAAUAUAUCAGAUAUACGAAAAGUAAGCCAAUUGUGGCAUACAGUGUGAACUGUGCUACAAUAAAACCGGUUUAUUUGUCAAGAAAAACCAUUCUGGAGUCACUGCCCAAAGACAUUGUUGCCAACAUUGAAAACUUAUAUUCAAAUUCGCUUACGUUUAAAGAAAAUGUGCAAGAUCCAAAAGUGGCUAGAUCCUGGUACCCGAAACAAUGGAAAGAAUCCGAAAAUGAAUGUAAAGUAUUGGAAAACUCAGUCGGUUUGAGUUUCCUCCAAACUUACGUCGGCGAAGAAGAAGAAAAUGAAGAACCCGAGUCCAAGCCCGAUGAGAGUGUCAAAAAAAAGAAGAAAAAGAAGAAAAGUGUCGAGAAAAAAACAAAGAAGCGUGUCAAAGACUCUGUAGAGAAGAAAAAGAAGCGUAAAAAAGACAAGACAAAGAAGCGCGAAAAGGACAAACACAAACAUAAAAAAGUGAAGGAGAAGAAGAAGAAAAAAUCGGAGAAUGAAGAGGAGAAGAGUGUGAAACCCAGCAAGCAACAAGUCAUCGACGAAUUGAAGAAAAUCGAUGAGAAAUUGGCGAAGAAACGCGAAGAGAAGGAAGAAAAACCGGAAAAGUCCCGGAAACGGAAGCAAUCGGAGACUGAAGAAGACGCGAAACGGCCGAAACACGAGAAAAACAAAUCCGAAGAGCACGCAUUGAAGAUCAAACUCGAAAAACAGAAAGAAAUGGAGCGUCAAAAACCCAGAAAGAAGAAAUCACGUUGGUCGGAAGAUGCGAAUGAAGAAAAAUCAAAGAAAGAUGAAGAAAAAUCCAAAGAUGCGACUCCUGACACCGACGAGUAUCAUUCGCAUUGGGAAAGUGACGACGACGUUUCGUCAUCGGUGCCUCGUCAGAGUUUGAAGGUCAAUAGGUCGUGGGAAAGCGACGAGGAAUUGUUCGAAAGGAGCCACAAUCGAAAUAAAACGCAAAAUGACAAUUAUACAAACCUCGAAAUACCUCUAAAUAUAAAAAAUUUCGCACGAAGAUCGAAUUGGGACGAUAAACCGCUCUCUGUCGUCGACGAAUUGAAACUACUUGAAGAAGAACGAAAAACACUAAGUGAAGAAAGACGCCAACUCGAAUUGGAAAAACAGAAAAUACUCAAAUUGCAAGAAGAAGUUGUCAAAAUCGAUGUUGAAGAAAAGAAGAUUGUUACUGAUGAUGUGAAAUCUUGCACACCGGAACAAGGAAUCAAAGUGAAGAAAACUAAACUCGAUCUUGACUUUAAUAUAGACAGUCUAAAUAGUAGUUUAUUGAGUAAUGUUAGUUCCACUGAAUCGAGUUUUCCGGUGGCGGUUCUUGAAAACGAAUACGAGGAAUUUAUAAAGGCGGUAAGUACGGAAACUGUAUUACCGAUAAAGAAAAAAACCGAAAGAAGAAGUUCAAGUUCGUCUAGUUCAAGUUCGGAUAGUGAUCAUAAAAAGAAGAAACGCAAAAAAAAGAAGAAAAAGAAGAAACGCGAAUGUGAAGGUUUACUUUUGGGCAAACACAAUGACAUUUUCAACGAAUUUGAUAUUCCUGUUCCUAGUGAUCUUCCCGAAAUGGUACCAACUCCGGUACCGGUACCUUCUCCCAUAGUCCCAGUCGACUUGAUACUACCACUUACCACACCGAUUUUACUAAAUCCGGUGGCCGAAAAACAGGAAGAAGAACCAACACCUGAGUCAGGUUUAGACUUAACGAAACCGUUUGUGUUCCCAUCGAUUAUUCUACCGAAAAAGCCCCCACUUGUCGACAAUUCUAACCUCAAUCUAAAUGACGACUCAGACAGUGCUGAUUUCACCGAUAAAUUCGUCAAAAAACCAGAAGAACAAGAGGAAAAACCACCCGAAUUGGAGGUUAAAAUCGAACCAGAACCGGUCGUGGAAGAAAUCAAAGAUGUGCCCCUCCCACAAGUCGAGUCUGAACCGCCCAAACUCGCCCCUGAGCCGCCCAAACGUUCCCCCACUCCUCCGCGUAAGAAAGAGAAGAGACGAAGUCGUUCGCGUAGCCCAAAGAGGCGGAGUCCUCCUCGACGUAUCACGCCACCGUCACGUCGUCGUCGCCCCUCCCCGCGACGUAGAACACCUCCCAGACGACGUCGUUCGCCGUCACCGAGACGACGCUCGCCGCCACGUCGCCGACGUCGUUCACCUUCGAUUUCUCCGCCCCGUUCUAGAGGCGGAGCUAGAAAGCGAACGCCUUCGCCACGGAUUCGUCGCGCUUCGCCUCUCAAUUCGCCAUUGGAUGGUUUUAAGAGGAGUGUUGCUGAUUCGACAAUCAGUGACGAUAUGUUACCACAGCCUAAUCCUGAUGAUUAUGUCGAGUCGCCACCCUCGUACGUGGGCGGUGCUAAGUAUUUUAAGAGAAGGGGGUCAGCAUCACCACAAAUGUCACCACGAAGGAUCUCAUUGGAUGAUAGAAUUAAUCAAGUGUUGGGAUUGGAGAAGAAUGAACCGCCCCCACAACCGAAAAUACACGAACCAUACCCGAAUUAUGGAUAUCCGAAUCAUGCAUAUGGACAACAGUAUCCACCAUAUGGACAGUAUGGACAGAAAAAUGACUACAUGCAACCAUAUGGGCCGGUCAUAUAUUCACAGCCACCUCCGACGAAUGUUGUCAAGUCAGUACCGGCCACUAAAGUUGUACAAGUAGGGAAUAUACUACAAGUCGUUCCGAAUGAUGAAAUCCCGCCCCCUGUCAUUGAAAACAAGACCCCCGAGCGGAGCCAAAAGAUCGUUCAAGUCGGUAAUAUGCUACAAAUCGUGCCGGCAUCGCAGAUUCCUGAAAUACCGGCCCAAAACAAUCAAAUCGUCGAAAUACCAGAACAAUCAGCCGAAGCAUCAAUGAAACAAAAAAUCGCUGAACGUAAAGCCGAACGCGAAAAACGACGCCAAGAACGCGAACGACGUCGAAAAGAGAAAGAGAAGAAACGAAAAGAGAAGGAAAAACGUAAACAAUUAAAACUUAAACUAAAAACAGAGAAUAUGAUCAAGCGAGCAAUUCAACUCGAAACUGAAGCCUUGGCCAAUGAAAUCGAAGAAGAGACAGAAAAUGCGGAAACACCCGUCCAAUGGUCCGUUCCCGUUGUCGUCUCGGCCACGCCCACUACGAAUAAAGGGAUUUUAUUGGCUCAGGGGGCGAGUAGGCAACGUAAAAGUGUGCAGUUUGCGGAUGGGGUGCGCCCGGGUGAAGGCACCUCCCCAUCAGGCGGGGAGGAAUUAUCGUCGCCGCCUCCUAAUCCCUGCAAAUUGAAAGAAAAACGGUACAAAAAAUUGAAGAUUCCUAAAAAAACAAAGAAGAAGAAGAUUAAAGUGAAGGUGGUGAAGAGAGUACAAAGUUUGGAGGAGGACGAUGAUGACGAUGAGGAUGAUAAUUUGCCGCCACCACCGCCGCCUCCUGGGUCACCGCCACCUCACGUGUUCCCGUCGAGAAUCAAGACGCACACCAUUAAUAAUGUUCAUCAAUACGUAGGGAAUAUUUUGCAGAGUAGUCCGGCUGGGUAUCCGUUUAGGCCCCCCAUUCCGGUGGUGCUGAAUCGGCAUCAGGGACCCCCAUCCUACAUGCAAGGGGCCUUCCCAACAGACGUAAAUAGUCUUUCACAUCAGCCGUUUCAAGGUGUUUCAUCACAUCAUUAAGCCGGAAAUUAAAUAAAACAAGUUGUAACAAAGUGUUAUUUAUGUAUGUACAUAUUGCAGUGAUUUUUUUUUUUUAUCCUAUUUAUAGUUGCGGACAUGUAGAAUUUUCGAUUUAUCGGUAGACUGUUUAAUUUAAGUAUUUGUUCUGAGACAACGGUUGGAAUAAAAUAUUUUUUAAUAAUUGA